AUGUCAAGUGGUCUUCCCUAUCUGAACAAGCUGCGCAAGCCGGAGCUGGUUGAAAUCGCCGAGAAAACUGACCUGCAAGAUCAUGAUGAAUACAACAAAGGCGAGCUUGUCGCAGCUCUGGAUAAGCACUUGAGUGACAACCGCGCCAUCUUCUCCACCGACUCGUCGCUUUCAGAGUUCUACUCGCGUCUGGCCGGCACUACUCGGCGAGGAUCACCUGUGAAGCGUGAAGCCCGGGUUGAGGUUUCCCCUCUCCUGGAGAAAAAGACUCCCAAGACUCCUGUCUUAGAGAAGAAGACUCCUGGUCGGCGAUCUACGAAGACCAAGGAGGAGCCCAUUGAGUCUGAUGACGCUGCCGUCACUCCCGCUCCCAAGAAGACCCCCGCUUCUGCGCCGCGCUCAGCCGUACGCUCAGUGCGCUCCGUCGUUGAGUCGGCUAAUGCAUACCUGCCGCCUUCUCCCGCUAUCGUGACCGAUGCUAUUGACCAGCAGACCACCAAGAUGCGCGAGGGACUGGAGAGUGCAUGGACAGCAUCCGGUAUCAUCGAGCGCUCGCACGCGUUGCGCUCAACCUUGAGCAGCCUCAAGGCCGUGGAAACGAUGUUUGUGCUUUUGGAGACAGGUUUCAUUCUCGCGGAGCUUGUUCCCCUGCGAUACCUCACCACUACUCCUGCUGUGCCAGCUGUCUCCCUGCCAGCUAUUUCCCUCCGCGUUCCCGAUCUUUUCGUUCUCCUCACCGCCAAUUUCUGGGCCCCCUUCAUGCUUUGGUUUAUCACCAACCUUGGCUUGCCCUUGUUUGCUGCUUACUUCAUUAAUCUGAGCUGGCAAGCUGCCGCUAGCUCUCAGAGUCCUCUGCGUCGUCAGCGUCAAGCUGCAGAGCACGCUAGCUUCGACCCUCUCACAUUUAACAUCGUCAAGGCUUUGCUGGCGUACAAGGUGUAUGCUCACCACUGGGACUAUGCUUCUCUGUUCAGUCCUUAUUCGAUCAAGAAGGCCAACUUCGCUAUUCCGGGACAGUGGAAGGCUGUACUGACUGGUAACGCUAUUGGCGUCAUUGGAACUCUAUACGAAGCCAUUCUGCGCCGCUCGUAG